UUCCAUACCUUAGAGGUGUGGUAUAUAACUCAACAGUCUCUUCCUUUUUGAUGUGGAUGGUGACCAAUGCAGACCAACCCUUUCCUGCCUUCACUGCAUUCAUGAGCUGUGAGCAGUAGCUGCUAACCAGCCUCACAUUGGACUGGUCAGUGAACAACACAGAUGAACUCGUGUGUGUACUUAGUGCCUCCAGUCUCAGUUCUCUGCAGGAAGCUGCACUUGAAAUAAGUCUUCUUUUAAUGCCAGGCUUCUGACUUCCUCUGGAAUUGCUUUGAAAGGCAAGAUACCUUGUUUUCUUUUGUCCAUGGAGUUGCCAUUUUUUCAUGGAAAGAUAACAAGAAGAACUUGUGAAGAACUGCUGGCCAAGAAGAGAAAGAAUGGUAGCUAUUUAAUACGAGAGAGCGAGAGCAUGGAAGGAGCCUUGUGUCUGUGUAUUUUCUUUGAAAACCUCGUCUACACUUACCGUAUCUUCAGGGAGCACCAAGGAUAUUUUAGAAUACAGACUUCUGAAGGUGCUCCAGAGAGGAUCUUCAGAACGUUAAAGGACCUGAUAUAUGCUUUUGAAAAGCCAGAUCAAGGACUAAUAACAAACCUCCGCUACCCAGUGAAGAAACAGAAGGCCUCGCAAAGAAGCCAGAGGUUCAACUCAGGAAUAGACAAGGUUUAUAGUGAAAUUGAUGACGCCGAUUAUGUCACUGUCUUACCGUGAAGGAUCUGUGCCUGACGAUUUGGGAAGCUGCCAUUUCAGGCUGUGCCACAGUGCAGUGGAUCGGCUGGAGAGAGCUGCCAGCUGGGCAUCCUCUGUGGAUCUUUACCAUUGGAAUUACUCUCUUCCUUUUGCAGAUUGUCAGAGCAGCUGUAUUUUCUCCCAUUAGAUCCAGUACAAGCUACUAUGUGUUUUUGCUCAGCAAUAAAAGAAUUAUUUUUUAUAACAGACACACACAUACGUGAGAAGGUGUCUGUGUCCAGGUAUGUGUCUUUUGAGUUUUUUUAGCUAGAAAAUUGUCCAUGAUGUCGACUGCUAGAGUGAAUAUUCUGUUAGAAAGCAGCAAUAUAAAUACAAUAAAUGAAUGUGGAUAAAGCAGUAAUUUACAACAGAAUUGAUAUGUGGUGAUAAAAUCCAUAAAUGCAAAAACUUCUACUGACAUUAUAAGAUGCUUUAAGACCCCUAAACUCUGCUAUUUUGCACAUGAUUCAUGUUGCCUCGUUGUAUAAUUGGAUAGUAUUUCAUCAACAUCAAAGAAUACUAGUAAUAGUCUGUAGUUUGGAAUAAUCCAAAUUAAAACAAAAAUGCUGUGUUAAAUCAUGCCAUAGAGAAUUAAUCAACAAAAUGAAAAUGGUUUGAAAUACUUUUAAUAUUGGGGAAUGAUACUGGAAGAUUACAAGUGGAGUGCAAAUUCUACAUGCAUGUCGGUGUGAAUGCAUACAAGUGUUUAAUAGGUACUGUACAUAUGAGAAUGCUUAUUGCAUUUAAUUUGCUACUGCCAUUGGCUCUGUAUUAUGAUGCGUAUGUGUUUUUUUGGUUUUUUUAAAUAUAAAAAUUUGCUUUAAU